AUGAAUAAUUCUUCUGGGUCGUUUCAUACAAGAAAGAAGGAAGAGUUGUCAAUACAGGUUCCACCCACAUCUAUUUCUCCAUCAGAAACAGAGAGGUUAGCUGAUGCUGAUCUGCGAUUUGACCGACUUCAAGUACCAGAAAAGGAGUUGGUGCAUGAGAGCAAGUUUGAAUUUGGGCAAUUUGUGGCAAGAGAAGCUGUGAUAGAUGAGGAACAUUGGGCAGCAGCAUGGCUGCGAGCAGAAAGUCACUGGGAGGGUAGAAAUUACCGAUAUGUUGAUAAUUACAAAAGGAAAUUUGCAGAGCAGGAAUUUCAUGCCAUGAAAAGGCGACGGACAAGCCUACAUGGACAAAAAUGCAGAUGCAUUAUUACGGUUAGGAAGGAAGACAAACAUGUGAAACGUACUGUACUGAAAUGUGUAGUUGGAACUCUUGAUUUAAGCAUCAGGUGCUUACUGCAUGGAGAGACCUUUCCAGGGGAACGGGUGAAGGCUCCCCUCUUCUGCAGCAUACAUGGUACAGGCCCAAAUAGAUAUGGUUAUGUUGCCAACUUGUGUGUUGCUAAAUCAGCGCGAUGCCGGGGGAUUGCAACCAACAUGCUACAUUUUGCUAUGGAGUUGGUCAAAUCUAAUGGUAUAGAACAUGUAUAUGUGCAUGUGCACAGAAACAACACACCUGCACAGGAACUGUACGAAAAGAUGGGAUUUGAGGUUGGCAUUCAAUCAGCACAAUCAUGUAACCAUGCUGCUGAUUGCCAAUCAUAUAACCACACUGCUCAUUGUAAGCUUCACUGUAGCUAUUGUUUGCAAGCACUGAUAAUGAAGGUAAAAGGAUAUCUCGUUCUUGUUUGUGGAUCUGAUGUUUUGACUUUGAAGUUAACACCAGGUAGAUCAAAGCUAAAAGUUGUUGGAGAUCAAAAUGAUAGGUUGAAGACCAGUUACCAUGGUCGGAUGAAGAUAAAUCGGCGGCGGAGAGUGAGAAAAUCCACUAAAAAAGAAGAUUUGGACUAA